CCCAGGGCUCUUGUAAAGAACGCGGUGGAAACAUCCUCCAAGCCAUUGCCAACAAAUUCCUGUUUUCUGCUGCCCUCUCGGGCCUGGGGCCAUCUAUGAACCUCCCUAAUUUUGCAAACGCGGCGUAUGGACUGAAAGAAGAUUGAGAGGCCGUCUCUCCCCUCCAGAAGUUGUCGCCUACACGAGUGGCCCCAGUACGUGUUACCUCCUGCAAAAGCCGCUUCUGGAGAUCUUACUUCCAGCCCGCCACAUCCAUCGUGCUUUUGCAACUGGCUCUAUGAGAAGCUCUUAAGACUCGUAUAGUUAAACCGAGUUUAAGUGAGCAGAGUUUGCCUUAGCUGGCAAUUUUCCAAGCACAGCACGCGGGCUGUCUGGUCUCCUGACAUCCUCAUUCUCUCACUGCUUUGAAAAUAGGAAAGCCUUUUGCUACGUGCGAGAAGAAGGAAAUUUCUGGGUCAUCUUUUAGGACGUCUUUCCGCAGCUGAAGUCUUUUGCAGGAGUCCCGUACGGUGGGAGGCCGGUGACUUUCAACUGAGGCUCAGGAGUGCAAAUUCAGAGCUUCCCCGCACGGUUCGCGGCUCUUUCCCACCGCAUUCCCAGUAACUUCCUCGCGAGGGGCCUCCGCGUUGGACCGCCAGGUGGCGCUCUUCUCCAAGGGAAUUCAUCUGGGUCACAGAUGGUGGGGCAGUUGCCAGGCAACAGAAACUGGGCGUUCCAAACAAUUGGGACCCGGGAUCCUCCGCCGGCAAGAUUGUGCUGCGGCUGCGCUGGCCUCCCAUCCCUCAUAAGAACGUAGUUUGGCAUGUAACCAUGCCUCCCACCCGGGACACUUUGCAGCCCACUAAGUUAGAUGACGAUGAUUCCUACUUGGGAGAACCGCAGGCUUCCAAGAAAUUGCUAUACAAGAACCCAACUCACCUUGCUCAGCAAGAGGAACCCUGGAGGCGGCUCAGCUUAACUCCCACAAUUACUUCCAUGAGACGGGAUACCUAUUUUUUUGAUCCUGAGAUAUCCAAGGAUGACCUGGAUUUCCGCUUAGCAGCCUUGUACAACCACAACACCUCGGUGUUCAAGAACAAAAGUGAGAUACUGUUACAGCAGGAGACCAUCCAAGAUUCCCGUGGAUUCACCAAGAUCCCAUUCCCUGGAGAAGUUUUACCCCCUUCCCCUCCCAUCACUUCCCGGGAUAACAUCAGACAGUGGAUCAACCCUAAGAGGGAGUCCAUCCACAGCAUCCAGGGAUCCAUAGUGUCACCUCACACUGCAGCCACCAAUGGAGGUUACUCCCGAAAGAAUGAUGGUGGCUUCUUCUCCACCUAAGGUAGACAGGCCCCUAGACUAAUUAUAGUGCAACAUCCUGCCGUCCACCUCCAUUAAAUAGAUUUGUGCAAGA